CUGUGAUAUCGACCCUUACCAACCAAACAGUUGUCACGUGACCUCUUGCAUGCGCGUGCGGCCACUGAGCAUGCGCAUAUGGCCACAGGACACGUUCGUAGUCGCUACAUCUCGUCGGUAUGACAGGUCUCAUAACCUCUGAUAGUCGUCAACUUUAACUGUUAAUAUCUCGCUUCGCGGGGCAGAGCGACACUUUUUUCUGCCAGAUUCGGUCGUUUUGUGCAAAAACGCGUCGAUUAAGCCUAAUUUCAUCGAUUUCUGUGCUGGGGUAGCUAAACUGAAGAAUUACCCUUUUUGGCCAUACUAAAAUCUUGUGUAAAGAGCGAUACUUGUUGCAUCGUGUGCGACGAUAAAGCGCAUGUGCUAGGCGUAUUGUGGAGGGCGAUGACAGGCCCGCUGUGUCUCCUCACGAUGUCCUCUCGAAUUCGGAAGCCUGGCCGAGUCUGCCCCCCGCCAGGAACGUAUCCUUCUCUGAGGCUGUGAAACACAGUAGUCCCUCCGAGGGAGAUCGAGCGUCUGGUGCCCGUCUCUCCCAGCGACUCGCUCGGGAGAGGUGAUGUUUCCUCGUCGCCAGUUCACUGACUCUAAUAGAUCAAAGAGACCUCAUGGUGUCCCUGAUAGGUCUUCUAAGGAGUAUUAUAAACAGUUUGACCUGCGCGCUGGUGAUAUUGGGAAAGAGAAACGGGGGCAUCCUUUUAUCGGCUGCUCGUAAUGGGGCCGCUUGAUCGCGAAUAGCGUCUUCUGAGGUGAUGGGUGAUGGGUUGCCCCCUGAAGACCCCGAGCGUCGUGAUGACUGUCAAUUAAUCAAGGAAGCACUAUCGGAUAUGCUUCAGUUAAUACAUAGAAUUCCUGAGGCACGUGAAAUUCUCCUAAACACCAUUACGAAUUAUCAUGUUCAGGACAGGAGUAAGUCAGUUACUGAAAGAUACAAUGAAGCAAGGGAAUUUAGUGAAAUCGACCUUGGUCGAGAAGUGUCAGGUGCUAGAAAUAACGAGAGGGUUACGUCUCUCCCCUCGCAGUAAUAUUCAAAUUACUGCUAUGGAACUGCCGAGGAUAUGAGCAGCAGGAAUAAGCUGUCGAAGCAUAUUAUGGAUUUCGACAUCAUCAUCUUCCAUCCAUCCUCAGUCCUAUUACUCGUGUCCGAGCGUGGUGACUUCUCUUCAUAUACAUGUGUUGCGCACGUGGAUUAUACACAUUGUAUACGGAACCUACAGUUUAACGCCGAUUUCGAACGGCACGCCGAUUUCGAACGGCAAUUUUUUAGAGAAGUUUUCGUGGCAAGACAUACUCUCGGUGGUUUGCCAUUGCCUUCCGAGAGGAGAACGAGCGAUUAAAAUUUUCUAGCUCUACCGGGAAUUGAACCCGGGACCUUUGUCUCAAUAGACCAGUGCGCUGUCUACUAGGCCACGCUCGCACGCAAAAUGUUGCGCUCGUCCGCGCGUUCGCUACACUCUCGCACAACACACUCACUCGCGAACGCGGCGCGCUAUCCCGUUUCCGGGAAUAGAAAUAACGAGAGGGUUAAAUACGUCUCUCCCCUCGCAGUAAUAUUCAAAUUACUGCUAUGGAACUGCCGCGGAUAUGAGCAGCAGGAAUAAGCUGUCGAAGCAUAUUAUGGAUUUCGACAUCAUCAUCUUAACUGAAGCUAAAUGCUCUGAUAAUAAUCAUGUAUAUUUUGCAGGUUUUAAAACAAUAUAUAGCAAAAAUCUUCUUGCUAGCGGUGGCGUCAUGAUUUCCGUAACUAUUUUGUAAACUUUUAUAGAUUUCAUAACAUGUCUGCAUUCUGAGCAACAUAUGAGCCCGCAUUUGUGUCUAUUCUUGCCAUCAUGUUUUUAAUAAACGUGAGUACAAUUAUGUACUCAGAAUGAACACUUGUUGCUAUCUGGGAUGUAACAAGAUACAGAGGAUGUACGACAGCGAGGUGUAUGUACGUUCGAUACCGCCAGCUCACGUAUAGGCUGUCUUUAUUAUCUCGGGUCUGAAAAAACUUCAUUCCUGUCAGGUCAAGUAUUGGCCGUGCUAGAAAGCAUGAGAUAUUCCAGGGCUCUUUCGAGGCCCACACGUACAGGCCUACGAUCGAUUUCUCCAUUGGGCUGGUUAGAAAAUCAAACAGCAAGUACUCUGACGAUUCGUUGAUUGGCAAUGUUCUGGCAAAAUAUGAACUGCUCUUCGGAGAUUAUCUACACUGAUGGAUCUUGUGAUCCUGCUUGUCGUGCUACGGGCGCGAGUUUGGUUUUGGAUAAUCAGGAAAUCGCAUAUAAAAUUAGCCUGCCCAGACAUUGCUCAUCUUUCACUGCUGAGGCUUUUGCCAUCAAGGCUGCCUUGGAACUCAUGAUUCUUCAACGUGAUUCUAGAGAUGGACAUAUCAUCAUUAUGUCUGACUGUAAAUCAGCCCUUUCGGCAAUUAGCAAUAACCUCUUAAACGUUCACAAGAAUCGAUGUGCUACAGAGGCUAGACACCUUAUUUUUGCACUUGAGGAAGAUCAUGAUAAGAGAGUUGUGUUGGUUUGGAUCCCGUCGCAUGUUGGUAUCGCUGGCAACGAGGCUGCAGAUGAGCUUGCCAAGAAGGCGGAAGGCCUUCGAGAGGAACCAGACUUUGAUAUCGAAGUCUCUGUUGGAGAUUUAAUGGCCCUCGCUAGAGAAGAGAUCUGGUUUACCACCCAGGCCUCUAUUAGACGGGACUCCGCCUAUAAGGGCUCCUUCUACUUCGACAAGUUUUAUGAUGAGACGGUUCGUAAGCCUUGGUUUAGUAAAAUCAAUGCCAAAAGAUAUUUUGUCACUCUCAUUAACAGGUUAAGAUCUAACCAUUAUAAUUUAGGAGUUUCCCUCCUAAGAAAUGUGGCUAUGUGGAUUCGGAGAGAUGUGAAUGUGGAUGCGAAUGCGAAGAUUUAAAUGUUUUGCUGCGAUGUAAUAAAUAUAAUGACCUGAGAUUCCAGAUGGAUAAAGAUCUCAGGAGCCGUGGGUUACCCUGAAAUUGAUUUGUAUGGUCUUAUUAAGGGAAGGAAUUGGAAUUUGAUUUAUAUUAUUUUCAAUUUUUUAAAAAAGAUUGGUAAAGUUAUUUAGGGUCCUAUGCGUGCACUGGUUGUUUUUAUUCCUUUUGGAAAGGCUUAAUCUGUUUGUGUCAGAUUACUUCAGGGUAGAAACACCUUACUCCUUCCUCACCCGAGGGAAAAUCUAAAAACCCCCUUUAACACGUACAGUAGACCACGCAUUGUUAUAUCAGAUAGAGGCACGGCUUUUACGUCCAACGAUUUUCAGGUCUUUUGUAAAGAGGACAUUCGCCACAUUUGUAUUGCGAUGGCCUCCCCGAAGGUGAAGGGGCAGGUAGAAUGUACCAAUAGAUUCAUAGGCCCUAUGAUAAGUAAGUUAAUAAAUAACGACGAGAAGGUAUACUACUGGUAUAAAGUUGUGGCAGAAGUAGAAUUUGCGAUAAAUAAAUUCGGAACAUAAAACGACAGGCGAAACGCCUAAUAGGCUUUUAUUCGGAGUAGACCAGGGAAAAUAGUCGAUAAAAUUCAGGAACAUCUAAAAAGUAUUGUAAAUAAUAACGAUCGUGAUCUAGUAAACUUAAGAAAUAGAGCGGCUAAGAAAAUAGAAAAAAAGAGUCAAAAGUACAAUAAAGAAUAUUUCGAUAAGAAAAGGAAAAUGGCACACACUUACAACUUAGGUGACUACGUUAUAAUCAAAAAUAUAUAGAUACUACUAAAGACGCGUCGAACAAACUUAUCCCUAAAUUUAAAGGGCCGUAUGAAGUAAUUCGAGUCCUGCGGAAUGAUAGAUAUAUAAUAAUAUAAGAGAUAUUAAAAAUCACCAAAUAACAAACAAACCGUAUCAGGGAACAUGGGAGGCGGCCAACAUGAAACCGUGGACGAUGUAACAGUUAAAGAUAAUUAGAUUUAAGUUAGAGUUAAGAGUUAAAAAGUUAGAGUUAAGAGUUAGAAUUAAGAAAAUUGUUAAACCAAAGGGAAAAUAUGUUUCUUUCUUAUAUUUGUGCCCAAGGGAUAGACGAAAUUACUUAUAGACAAGUUACUUAAAAAUUAUUUUUUUUUUUACAACACCGACUCCGGGUGUGGAGAUCAAGGGUCAGAAUUGGCCGAGUAUGAUAGUAGCUUAAGGCGUGAUAAUAGCUUGAAGAUACAGGGCUCAAUAGAUGGCCCCCGUUUAGGUUGGCAGUCAUGGUUACGACAAUGAGCGCGAACAGACGUGUGUCAAAAGCGCGGAACCGAAUAAAGAGCGUUUUUAAAGAGUGGCCCCCAAAUCGGACAUUUUUAGCCUAUUUUAGUGGCCCUCGAAAUUCGAGUCGAAAUGUAUGCCAAACGAUGCUACAUGAUGGGACAUUAAUCUAAAAAAAAAAAUUAAAGCUGAGCAUAGGCCUAGUUUUGGAGAUACGGAGAGUCAAAAUGGCCAAAUUCCCAAUACUAUCCAAGUACAGUAGAUACAAAAAAGGAUGUUAAAACUUCUUUGAUAAUAGUGGUAUUUUAAAUAGAAUUAGUCUGAAUAAUUCUCUGACCACCGUACUAAAAAUUCACCCCUUCCUCCCCUAUUAUUUAAUUUUUUAAAGAGGUAAAACUACCCUCAAAAGAAGUUUUCGCUGAAUUUCUGGAAAACGGAUAGAAACACGAACAAAUGUUUCGAAUGAAAGUUGUUUGUCUAAGAAUUAUGCACAAAAAGGUUUCUUUUAUUUUUUUUAUAGGACUCACUCUUUGGCCGGAAACCGCGCCUGAAGAAAGAUAAUUUUUAAAAAUAAAGAGAAUUUUCUCUUACUCCGUCUUCUUCUUUUUCUCUUGUUUAUUAUCUUUAACUUUGUACACAAAACAUCUAAUCACAAAGUAUAAAAAAUUACGAACGAACACGUUAUCAUUAUCUUCAUUGCACGAUGAGUUACACACAAUAUAUGUUUAAUUAUUUUAAGGCUUACUUCCCUCUCCCUCUCCCUCUCCCUCUCCUUCUUCCUCUCCC